AUGGCGACGAAGGAUGACACGCCUUUAGCGGUGCUGCGUGCGUUGCGUGCACAUUUGAUUGGUGGCAAGUCUGUGAAAGUUGAAGGUGAAGAAUUGGUAUUUCUUGAUGCUUCUGGAUCCGAGCUACGACGUUUGCAAAAGCAUGCGCCUACAGCAUAUCACUCAAAGAAGCUCGACAAAAGCUAUGAUCUGCUAGCUGUUCACACGUGUUUUAAACACGCAGACUUAUCUUUUAGUGAUUAUGUACUCAAGUGUCGAGAGGAAAAGGCAGCAAUGGUUUCAACUGUUGAUAAGAAAGAACUUGUAGCUUUUUUAAAGGGAGACAUUGACAGCAGUCCUCAAAUCCUGGAUGCCCGUGGAAAACACUCAACUACGUCGAGCGAAAAGGACCAAAAAACAGCAGCGAAGAAAUUAAGAGAAAAUGAAAGUGAAGCUCGAGCGGCAAAAAAGAAAAAAUUGGUUCAGGAGGAGAAUAAUCGCCGUAAACUUGGUGAGAACCACAAAGUUCAGGAAGGUGACGAUGACCGGAUGAAAAAGAUCUUGGAUCGAGAAUACGUCAAUAGGACCCGCACGACGGUAUUGGACGCACAGAAGACCAAAUUUGAUAGCGUUAUCAAGACACUUGAGCUCGUGAAUGCCGAGACGAAGGAAAAGAUUGAAAAGGCCAGUAAAGCGACAGCAUUAAUGGCAACAACGACAACAAAAAAGGAGCAAUUGCCGCUCCAUCGACUUGUAAAAGAGAGGAUUUCGGGUACUCCAAUUAUUGUGGUACCCGCUGGAUUCUCCGACUUGUUUACGAUGUUAAAUGCUCGAGACUUUCUAGUGGACGGAGUAUAUAUCUCGAACAUGCAAAAAAAGGCAGACGGACACCGUAAAGAACAAUCGAUGAUGAUUUCGCAUGAAGAGGAUGGACAUAUGUAUACUUUUAAGAUUGUUGACACAGUCAAUCGAUUUAAAGACAAAGACUGGCGCUCGGUUGUUGGUGUAAUCGUGUCGGGACAGGCUUGGCAGUUUAAGGGCUGGAAGUGGAAAUUUCCGCUUGAAGUGUUUAAAAAAGUGUGUGGAGUUCACAUUUAUAAUCAAGGAUCUCAGCUUAAUUCUGAGAUAAAGCAGUGGGAUGUCAAGGUGCUUAUGAUUCAUCCGGAUAAACGCCACUUGGACAAGGUGGCCGCCAAAGAAUUUUGGCGUUACAUGUUUGCAUUUAUUAAGCAUAAAUUGCAAUGA